CCCCUAUGAGCAAUAUUUCCCGCUGCAUCUCCCAUAGAACCUGCAGAUUCUCCCCUUGCUCGGCAUCCUGGUCUCUUGAUUACUCGGACCGGGGGUUUGUACGGCUUCAUGGCCGCAACGGCGUCCUGAAGCCCCACCAGCAUAGAAUCUGCCAAUAUGCCGGGCCGCUCAUCAACUAAUCUCAACGGCACUACAAUCGGGCUGUUGCGAUCCAAGUCGGGAUGCAAAACAUGCAAAAUCCGAAGGGUCAAAUGCGGAGAGGAAAAGCCUCACUGUGUGCGAUGCACCAGUACAGGCCGCAAAUGUGACUACGAUGAUAGAAAGUCUUCUAAAUUCUCUAUCGUCCCCUCGACGCAGCCCAUACUCGCAAACUCAUUGUCGAUGUCGCCAAACACUAUGUGGCGAGAACGACGCGCUUUUGCCUACUACUUCCAGAAUGCCGCAUCGGCUGUGGGCGGUGGAUUGGAUGUUGACUUCUGGCGCACCAUUGUCCCACAACUGUGCCGAAGUGAACCCGCCGUGUGGGAUGCCAUCAUCUCCGUCAGUGCUUUAUUUGAAAGCCCCGAGCCGAUUUCAGAUCCAGAUCGCAUUCAGAACCACCGGGACGCGCUAGGCUGGUACUCGCGCUCGGUCUCUGCGGUUCGUCAGCAAAUCGAGCGCGGUAGUGUGGAUACCUUCGUCGGAUUGAUCAGUUGUGUGCUUUUUAUAUGCAUUGAAGCACUUCAAGGCGGCGUGGACGAAGCUAUACAACUCUAUUGCCAAGGGGUGCAUUUAAUUCUUGCUUUGCGUACUCAAAUAGCCAGCGGCUUGGUCCCGGCGGCCAAGGCUACCUUGUUGGAAGACACGAUUGUUCCCAUAUUUAUCCGGUUGGGGCUGAUUGGAUUCACCUUUUCUCGGCCGCAGAUUGGCUUGCUUUUGCGGGGUAUCAAACGCAGGCCGACGCACAUAUUCGUUUCCCUGAGGGCUGCUCGGGAGGAAAUCACCCGCUUAGGCGCAGAGAUCCAGUUCUUUCAACAUGCAUGUGGAGAACAUCUUUUGAGUCCAGACGAGCCGCGUAUACCCCAGGAUCUGCUGGAUCUACAGGCAGAUCUAUCAGUCCAGUUGAGAGACUGGGACACUGCCUUUGUGAACCUGGUGGAAUCAUUACGUACCACCUCCUUGCCAUCGGAAGACGUUGGCACUAUCUCACUCUUGUCCGCAAUUUACGAAACGCUCUUUAUCAUGCUAGAGGUUUCUGCAUCUUCAUCCGAGGUCAUCACCGAUGCGUUUUUACCAAAUUUCCAACGAAUCGUGGAGCAAUGUCGAAUCUCUCUGGACGCGUCACUGCGUGCAGAUGGCACACAGCCACCAUUCACAUUCGAUAUUAAUCCGGGGGUUGCACUAUGGUUCACCUGUCUGAGAUGUCGAGAUCCUAUCAUUCGGCGCGAAGCACUAGCCCUCAUGCUCCGGUCUCCGCGAGUACAGGGCUUCUACAGCUGUAUGUCUGCCGUCACCUUUGGGGAAAGGAUCAUGCUGCUCGAAGAAAUGAACGGGGAGGUGAUGAGUACCAACCCCGAAACAACGCACUUCUCGACCACCGAAUCGCUCGUCGGGUAUCAAUACAGCCCGAGGUCCAGCUCGAGCUUGUCUCCCGAGUCUACAGGCUCUGAUGCGGGUACGCCGCUGAUACAUCCUAUCCCGGAAGAAGCGCGUAUCGGGCAUUUUGAUGUCUUCCAACCAGAGAGAGGGCUUCCUCCUGACAUCACCGAAGAAGUCAUGGCGAGAUGGAAUCUCCGUCCUGAUCGGACAUUUUUGGGAUUUUGGCGAAACGAGCGUGAUGAAGGCAGUGAUACCUGGCGGAUGGUUCGUGAAUAUAUUCCCAUGGAUCUUAAAUAUUGAUGCUAGUUUUUUGUCAACUGCCAUAUGUUGAAAACUACCUGUUUGCUAUCAUGACCUCCGAGACCGAGGCACCUCCUGCAUGAGAGAUUAUUACAUAUACAUACACGUGCAUGGCCGUUAAAUCCACAUUUCGG